AUGAUCACACAGCGCGGCGGCCCCAGUGCAGACUCCAGGAGGCCGUCUGCUGCAGAUAUCCGUACGGCUAGCCAGCAGGCGCCCUCCUCGUCCUCGUCCAGGGCGGCCUCUCCAGCAGUCUCUGCGGUCUCUGCGGCUUCGCUGCGGCAGGCAGCGUCGCCCUCUCCGUCUGUCCGCCAGCGCCAUCUACACCCUCGACACCCGCAUGCCGGCCCCAAUGCUGCUGCUGCUACUGCUACUGUGCCAUCCUAUGCAGCCUCUGUCACAGAGUCUCCUGUAGACGGGGCGGCAGACCAGGUCUGGCCGGCGUCACCUCGCAGCGGCUCGCCUGCUGCUACAGCUCCAGCUUCAGGUUUGGCUUCAGGACACAACCUACAACACCACCUACAACACCACCAACACCAGCCAUUCCAGCAGCAGCAGCAGCAGCAGCAGCAGCAGCACCGCUACUACCAGCGGCCAUACUCGCCCCAGCCGCGACUGAAGCCGUCUCCAUCCAUGCCCAAUGUCCGUCAGAAGAGCUACUCGCCGUUUCAGGCGGACAGGCCCUCCCCUAGAUCGUCUCCCAUGGCACUCUCGCCAAGUCGGUCCACCCAUCGCUACUACACGCCCGAGCUGCACUUUGAUAUCCCUCCGCCCUCGCGGACCAGCCUGCAGUCUUCCAUGACCGUCACCUCUAGCAUAGAGCAGACAAGCGGGACCGAGAGGAGCAGCGUCGUCACAAAGACCAGCUCGACCACCGAGCUGUCCCCCAAGAUCUCAGAGGAGGACGAAGCCGAGGCGGAAGAAGAAGACCAGUACCAGGACCAGUACCAAGACCAAGACCGCGGCCGGGCGGACCAGGGACACCACGUUGGCAGCGGCAGCGGCAGCGAACGAGGAGGAGCAGGAGCAGGAGACCAGGGUACACACGGCUAUGGCGAGAUGAGCGUGGACGAUGCUAUAGACAUGUACCUGGACGGGUUUACCGACGACUCCUCGGCUGCCGUCGUCUCGCCUGCGAAGAGGAAGUCGGCCGUUAGGGACCGGCUACACGGCAGUCCCGAUAUCAGUGAUAUACCACCCAGCACGCCGCCAGACUCCCCCGGGUCAGAACCAGACCAUGAACAUGAACCAGAACCAGAGCAAGAACCGGAGUCAGAGUCAGUGACUCCAGCCAACUUCAACUCUGCCGACUUCAACUUCAACUUUGCUCCCGAACAGCCCGGGCUUGAACCUGAACCUGAACCUGAACCUGAGCGUGCUCUCGCCGGCGACAGUGAUAAUUCUCCUUCGUCUCCCCGGCCGCAGACUGCCCUGCCUUCGCCCUCGCCCUCGCCGCCUCCACGGCCGCCGUCAGCCUCCAUGCAGCCGCCAGCACACCUAUCUGCCCUUCCCGCCAUCAUCGACGCCUCUAUCAACUCUGAACCGCCGCCGCUGCUCAAGCCGACCAAGACGAGAGACCAGUACGGCUUCCGGAAAGCAACCACCCACGUGACCGUCGAGCAGUACGACUCCUGGCACGCUUCAUAUGCCGAAUAUCAGAAGAUCCGCAGCGAGAAGUGGUAUGCGCUGCUCAGGGCCAGCGGCAUCGACGAGGCCGUGCCCACGACGUUCCCCAUCCGGUCCGCAAAGCUGAAGAAGUACAUCCGCAAGGGCAUCCCGCCAGAGUGCCGUGGAGCGGCGUGGUUUUGCCCGAUGAACGACGACAAGGAACACAUUGAGCGGGAUCUCCAUCGAACGUUCCCAGACAACGUCCACUACAAGCCCGACUCGUCCGACGACGACGCCUCCAGCGGCAGCAGCAAUCUCAAGCACCGCUCGGCCUCGCCAGACACCCCUAUCAUCCAGUCCCUCCGCCGUGUACUAUAUGCAUUUUCCCUACAUAAUUCUAAUAUCGGAUACACCCAGUCACUCAACUUCAUCGCCGGGUUCCUCAUCCUCUUCCUUCCCGAAGAAAAGGCCUUCUGGCUCCUCCACAUCAUCACCUCCUCCUUUUUCCCAGGCACCCACGAAAUCAGCCUCGAAGGCGCCAACGCAGACCUCUGGAUCCUCAUGGUGGCUCUCAAGGAAUCCCUUCCCUCAGUCUACACAAAGGUCGUCAGCACCACCCCUACAUCCGCCAGAGCAAAGCCGCCCACCCUGACCACCGCCACCCGCCUGCCAGACAUCACCCUGGGACUCACAAACUGGCUCAUGUCCAUGUUCAUCAGCACCUUGCCCUUCGAAACAACCCUACGCGUCUGGGACGUGUUGUUCUACGAAGGCUCCCGCACCUUCUUCCGCGUUGCCCUGUCCAUCUUCCGCAUGAGCCAGAAGCAAAUCGUCUCUCUCGGCGAUCCCAUGGAGAUCUUCCAGGUCGUCCAGACAGCUCCCAAGCGCAUGAUCGACCCCAACGAGUUAAUGAUGGACUGUUUCGCCCGCCGCUUCAAGCUGUCCCAGGCCCGCGUCGAGUCCCUGCGCCAGGCUCGCCGAGCCGCUAUCCGAGAAGGCAAGGAUCGGUUAUCUCAAUUGGCUGGACCAAGGAAGUUCAAAACCGAUCCCAGCGCAAGGCCGAGUACCGGUGCUACCAACCAUUCCCCAAGCGCAUGGAGGAGCUUCAAGAGCUUCAAACAAUAA